AUGACUAGCCGUAUUCCAGUUACGAUUAUUACAGGCUUUUUGGGCGCUGGAAAGACAACACUCUUGAAUCAGAUCCUAGAUGAAAACCAUCAAGCAUCUGACAACAACAGCUUACGCAUUGCCGUCAUUGAAAAUGAAUUUGCUGCAGCAUUUGGUAUUGAAAAUGAAAUACUGCACCAAGACAAGAUCGAAGACGUGCAAAGCCUGUAUGAAUUCGGAAUGGGUUGUGUAUGCUGUUCCUCAAGUGGCGAAUUGAUCAAUGCUCUGGUGGAGAUUGCUUUGCGAAAUGAACACGAGCCUAAAGAGAAACGUAUACAGCAUGUAAUCCUAGAGACCACUGGUUUGGCGGAUCCAACGCCAAUUGUUCAACAGAUAGCUCGAGGCGCGAAUAAAAGAGGAACCGAUGAGAUUGUCCAAAACUACUACAUCAAUGGCAUCGUAACACUAUUAGACAGCAAGCACUUUUAUCAAAAUCUAGCAUCACUCUCUGCUUCAUCAUCCACUUACAAGAACGAAUUACUGGCUCAAAUCUUGACAACUGACUCUAUCAUACUGAACAAGACGGAUCUACUAACAAACAAAGAAGAGGAUGUCAAUAGCAUCACUCAAUUCAUUCGCCAAUAUAACCCAACAGCAAAAAUAUUCACCACUUCAUUCGCCAAAGUCCCCAUUGCAAACGCCAUAUUUGAUCUAAGGCCCGAAAGAAGCACCCAGGAGACAGUAGACAUGAUACAAUCCAAAGCAAACGAUGAAGCACAAAAGAAACACGAUCCUUCCAUCGAGCAAACCAUGUUAUUAGCGCCUGGAUUUGUGGAUCUGGCGGGUGUACAGGAUUUCAUCAAGAAAACAACAGCAAAAGGAGGCAUUUACCGAGUGAAGGGUGUAUUGGCAUUGAAACAGAAUCCUAAUAUCAAAUUUGUUGUACAAGGUGUCAACAAUGAUCAAUUGAGCAUCACAGAACAUGGCCCAUGGCUCCCCGAAGAAGUGCAAGAAAGCAGAAUCACGUUGAUCGGUAGAAAUGUCAUAAGGCAAUGCAAUCAAUUAGAGCAAGAGUUCAAUGCGUAUUUAUUGCAAUAA